AGCCGAAAAAACGACAUGCUGACUAGAGUACUGAUAUGCGCUCUUCUCCUCGCUAUAGCGGCGGCGAGAACAGCGGGAAAAUGCCCACCGGUCUGCUGGAAAUUCUGCCCGUUUGGAAAUGAAAGAGACAACAAAGGAUGUGAAAUCUGCAGAUGUCGUCCACCUCCACGAGCGCUCGAAGACUGCCCUCCCCUGUGUGGAGACGCUUGUCCGUACGGUAACGAACGGGACAAGAAUAACUGUGACACGUGCCUCUGUCGGCCAAUUCCUACCAAUGAAUUAGAAGACUUAGAGGAGAUUUGACAGCUUAUGCCAAACAGGGAGAGAUGACGUCAUGUCUGCAAAAAAUAGAAGAACAGUCAUGGGAAACACGUAUUGCAAGAAUAGAAGAUUCACAGAGAGCAGUCAUGUGAGAAACACUUAUUGCAAGAAUAGAAGAUUCGCAGAGAGCAGUCAUGUGAAACACUUAUUGCAAGAAUAGAAGAUUCACAGAGAGCAGUCAUGUGAAACACUUGUGAAAUGUGCAUGUAGAUUCCGGUAGAUGGAGUAAAUCGAUGGCGUUUGUUAUUUAUACGUUUUCUCGGCUUUAUUUAUUCGGCCAUGUAACUGUUACUCAAUAAAACAAAUGUAUGUGUACAUCUAACAUGUCGAAAGGUAGUACACACGAAUUGAAACGUCAUAAAAGAAAUACUCUUCUG